AUGUGGAAUGAUGUAAGCUGUGGUACUUGCAAUAACUAUACCUGUUCAGAAGGUUUGUGGGUGACUUACCUCUUUUAUAUACCAACUUUUGUACGCUAUAUACAGUUAAAAUAGUGUGACGGGACGCGUGAGCGUAACCCGUUUGCUAUAGUGAGAACUUAGUGUAAAAAUUUAAAAAUAUACAUAUACAAUAAUAAAAAAAAGCACUGUAAAUAAUGCUCCAAAAGAAAAUAAAACUAUUCAAGAUAUCUAGGAUCUAAAAUGAUAAUUAUAAAGUCUUUAAAGUUCUCUUAAGUAAAUUACUUAUUCGGCUGUAAAAAAAUUCAUUGACGACUACUUCAUACCCACAAAAGUCCAAAAGAUGUUGAAGGAAGAGAGUUAAUAAUUUCGAAAGCGAUAAUCAUUGUUCAUGUUGCAACUUUAAACGUUCUAAAGUUGUUUAGUGUUCGCGAGAGUACAGAAUUCUGCAUGUUAUAUAAAAAAACUCCCGUACUCUUUACUUUCGACCAACUGCUUCAGCUGGACUUCUAAGUCUGGGCAUCACCCCCCAAGUACGUCCAUUAUGAUAUUAUAUUGUUUCACUUCAUAUCCUUGGUACUUCUGCUUUAACUCCGGUCCCAACGGAGCGGUUCGUAUUGCGUGGUUUUCUCCUCCUCCUUUUUCUCCCGGCCUGUAACCCAUGAGCAGGUCAUCUCAAGCGUUAUAACUUCCUUUAACUCGUGUUUGAUAAUGCGAGCAUGAAUUCUGUUGGCUUCAACUUCUUGGUGCUCCGCAAAUAGGGGGACAUCCCAGAAGACUUGCGCAUCGUUCGCCUCGUACCCUGGCUUCGGUUUCAGUGGCGGGUACCAAGGUGGCACCGAGUCUCUGACAAGACCUAGGUCUUGCAAAAUCUCGAAGAAAAGUAUCUUCAGGGCUGCAUUAUUAUGUCGAGUAAUGUACUUGUUCUGUGCAAGGGCAGUACAACAAGCCAGGACAUGAGCGACACUUUCAGGGGCCUUAUUACAUAGCCUGCAGGUUACCUCACCCAUCACAUCCGUGUGCUUUUUCUGGCAGUCAUACAACCUCGUAGGUAUUAUUAUUAUUAUUAUUAUUAUUAUUAUUAUUAUCAUUAUUAUUAUUAUUAUUAUAAACGUUUUCAAUGUUAUCAGGAGCCGAUAUUAUUAAUUGCUUCCUACACUCUCCUAGAACCGGGGCCAAUCCAUGGUCCUGAGGUACCAGGGGAGUUUUUUAUUUGAUGGACACUGAGAAACCUUCUCAGUAUGUGCGCCGUUCCUAGCAGGAUGAUCUUUUGCAGCUCGUUAAUGUUACUGGCUCCAGGAAUCUUACCUAAAUUCUGCCCCAUUCCCUCUCUAAUAAGUCCCAGUGCACCAACAAUAACCGGCACAGUCUCUGUCCUCAUUCCCCACAUUCUCGUGGAUUCAAUCUCAAGAUCUUUGUAUUUUGAAAGCUUUUCAAUGACUUUCGUCGCGGUGUUUCGGUCGGAUGGUAGCGAUACAUCUAUAAGUUUGCAACAUUAUUAUUGUUAUUAUUAUUAAUAUUACUAUUGUUAGUAUUCAUUAGUUCCUAUUCAAAAGCAAUUUCCGAUUUGCCCCAAGCCUGUUUCAAAAAGAGAUUAUAAAACUACUUCCUCAUGAAAGGGUUUGCUCUUGACCUCAUUUUGAAAGUGUGGGUUUUUAGAAAUCGAAAAUGGUCUAUUUUAAUGUUUCCAGGCGUUAAGAGUUAUUUUUAUUUAUUUUAUUUGUAUUUUCAGAGAAGAUCCUAAUUUACUUUCACCAAUUUACACCACAAUAACCAAUAGGCCAUUUGCACGAUGAUGUCAUUUACUACUACUUCCAGAAUCCUUCAGGGUAUUGCUUUCUUAUGCAAAUUACAGCUUUUGUUAUGUAAACCUCCCUGGGAUUAGCAAAUUUAAAUAUGAAAGAAAAAACGAAAUGAAUUCUGGUCCUAGUAGUAAAAAAUCGUCAUCGUGCAAGUGGCCCAUUUCUUUGGCUUCUCAGGUGACAAAAAGUUUGAGUUUCAAGUGUAAGGGGAUGUUUACAUUAGAAAACUCGCACCGGCGCGAGUUUCAUACCAAGAUGACUUUUUGAUUUCGUAUCGCGUUUACAUGACGACUGGGCUUUUUCGUAUCUCGUUAGUUGAAGGUACACGUCAUGUUAAUAAAAUACACGUGUACCCGUUUAAGUCUACCGGCAGAGCGAUUUCACACCGAAACGGGUGGUCGUUUCGCGUUUACAUGAUACCGUUGCGAGAUUUCGUACCGGAGUGAAAUUCUCGCCCCGGUACAAGAACCGGGGUGAACUCACGCCGGGGUGACUCGCGCCGGCAUGACAUUUUGUGGUGGUAUCAUGUAAACAAAUAUAGAGCUAUGAGAGGGAACCUGAGUGAACUCGCUCCGGGGCGAAAGUCGCCCCGGCUUCAUAUAAACACCCCCCAAAUAUGUUUGUUGCAGAAAUAGUAUAAAUUAAAGGAUUAGUCUACAAAGAAAAAUAUGCACUACUUUUGUGAAAAAGAGGAUACAUAAGUGGGUGCUUUUAGCACUGCAUCACCCCCUCAUACACAACAGUUUUCGUGCUGAUUGAAUAAUAUGAGCAAAGAUUUUAAUUUUUAUUCUUUUGUUAAAAAAGUUGAUUGACAAUCGAUCGUUUCAUUAUUUGUUUUGCAGGUUGAUUGACUGAACGAUUGUUUUAUAUUCGUUUUUAAAAUUAGAUUAUGAUGAAUGUGGAGGAAACAAUAACCAUUGUCAUCAGAACGCCAUCUGCACAAACACCAUUGGCUCCUAUAGCUGCCGGUGCUCCGUAGGAUAUGCCGGUGAUGGCUUACUUUGCAGAGGUAUUAUGUUCAAAGCCCCAAGUUUUAGUUUUUCGUUUAAUUCAUGAAGCAUAAUUAUCAAAGGAAACUCGUCCAAUGGUAAACAGACAUCUCUUGUGAGUUUAAGGCUAGCUACAACCCUGGUCAAAACGUCUUGGGACACUGGAGGAAAUUUGGCACAAAGACGCACUUUGCUAAAUUAACUCAUAUUCUACCUCUUAAAAAAGCUUGGGGAUGUUGUUAUAAGAGGCUAUUUCUGCUGUCCCCCUCUCCCCCAAGCAGUGUUGAUUCUGUUGAAUUAAAACUUGAAUACAUAACGUCAACACUGCACCGAGGGGGAAGGGUGGAGGGAAGAUGCCUCAAUUUGACGAGCUAUUGCGUUAGUGUCCCAAGAGUUUUGACCCGGGUUGUAGAAUAAAGUAGAAUAAGCAUGCUUUCACCGUAAAAUUGCGUGAAAAUGUAUUUUUCAAAGAACUCUUCAGAGGGGUUUUAAAUAGUGAGCAGCGUAUAAUAGUAGUGAAAUAAGGGUUUAAAUAUAGGCUGGAAUAAAUUAGGUGGGAAGUCUUCUCAGCAAUUUUUUUUUUCUAAUUUCAGAGAUGAUAAAAUUUGCACAUUAUUUCCUAAUCUCUAUGAAUAACAGCAAUAAAGUUUAUUAACUAUCCUUAUUUUAUAGUUCAUAGGUAUACAGACCAUACUAUAACUUUAAAUACAGCCCAAAAAGAGAACUAAGUAAAAGUUCAUAGAAUAAGAACAUGUAUGUACGGUUGUUGUAUUUCCCUGCAAUUUCAAAAUCUAAGCUCUUGUAGACUGAGUAGCUUAUCGCUCUGGGUUCGACGUUCUCGACAAACCCGAGUGGGGUCGCUUGCUGCGCCGGCUAAAGCUUUCGGGGAUUCAUUAUGUGAGGCUUUUUUUUUGUAUACUGAUGGGGCCUGUAGUGUAUUAAAACCGGAUGUUUGAGUUAACCGGAAGUUUAUGUAUUGGACAUCCCACAAUACCAUGCGUGCUCGGUUACGAGUAUUAGAAGACCAGAGAAGCGUGUUGAACUUAUGUUCGGUUUUUGUUGUAAUCUUGUAACAUCGUGAUUGUAAAGCAUUAAAAUACGGAAUUUAACAGGGCCACCAUUCCAGAAGCUUCAAAAUCCGACGGUACUUUCUAAAGAGAAAUUUUCCUUGCUUCAGAUGUCGACGAAUGCUCUUCAGGUCACCAGUGUGACAGCAGUGCGACAUGUUACAAUACAGAUGGAUCCUACACGUGCACAUGUAACAGCGGCUUCACGGGAGAUGGACGAACCUGUCGAGGUACGAGCCUUUGAAUAAAUACUGAAUACUGUAAACGACAGUUCUCUAAAGCUUUUCGAUAAAUUAGGUUGGCUGCUAAUAGGUGACAUCAUACGUAUAAGGAAACUUCUCAUACACAAAGUGGCUCAAGAUCAUCGUCCUGAUUAUUUCACGUCCUUUUUAAAACAUUUCCGUUCUUCACAUGCUCAUAGUACUAGAUCCGCCGCCAAUAACAACGUUCUACCAUCUCUCUGUUAAAGAAACUCAGGAGUUAGUGUAGGAAGUUCGCAACCGCUUGUCGUUUAUAGAAUAAGUUAGGUCACUCAUAUAUAGAGACAUCGUUUCCUUUGCAAUGUUCAGAAAAACACUACAGGAUAAGUUUACCAAUUAAGACAACGUCUCAUUAGCACAUUUUAAGGUUUUCAGAUCCUUUCAGACAUUUAUGGAAGUUGUAUCAUUUUAUUUAAAAAUUUUUCAUAACUAACUGACCUGUUGCGUGGAGGUCCAUUAUAAAAAGUUAACCCGGUAAACGGUAAUGUUUCCACCCUCGUGGUUCUUGUUGUUCUUCUCGUUCUUGUUGUUGUUCUUCUUCUACUGAUGUCGUUUAAGAAGAAACAAAAAGCAAACUGCGGUGAUAAACGUAAGGAAAUAUAAAAGGAAGAAAAAAGACUUUAACUUGACGUUUCGUAUGUUUCAAACAUGUACAUUUUCAGCAGCGGCCCGUCACCCCUCCUUAUAUUUAGGCUGAACUGAAGCCCCUAGGGUUAAAUAAAAUCAUUUUCUCAGCCGAGCCCUCUACUUACUUGCAGAUCUGAAUUUGCCACUGUUUACAUGCACAGAAUUGAAAUGCAUCUCUUCUCAGCGGUCUACUACUGUUCUUGUUAGGUCAGUCACUCCUAAGUCAGUCACUCCUAUGACUAUGACAUUCGUUGACAAAAAAGAUGGUCCAGCUUGAAAUAAAUAAAAGUCUUCUUAUCUUCCAGAUGUUGAUGAAUGCUCACUCAAUACCCAUGACUGUCACUCCCAUGCAAUCUGCACUAACAUAGAAGGCUCAUUUACUUGCAAGUGCGACGUGAAUGUACGUUACAUUGGUGACGGGAAAACAUGCACUCUUCCUCGUAAGCCGAAUUAUAUGUUUUAAUUCAUUUUAAUUCUCUUCGUUUUACCACUCUGCCAAUUGUUAACUUCUACUUUGUGGGAAAAGGUAUCCACCAAUAUUUAUGUCGCCAAAGAGCAAUCCCUUGCCUGCCUGUCGAUUAUCUUGAUUAUGCUCUUGUCCAAGAGUAUACUCUUAAUGAAAUUUCAAAUGCACCGCAAGCGAGAUUUUCUUGUUUAUUUUUUUGGUUGCUUCUGACUUUCUUGGGUACUUUAAUUUUGAGUGCUUUUUAGGCUAACCUCGCCCAUAUUUUUAAUAAGUCAAUAGUUUUUGGUUUUGGUUUGUUUUUUUUUUUUUCAGGUAUAGCAAAUACUGGAGUCGUUGUCAGUUUUCGAAAUACAGCAUCUUUUAACAGCAUGAAUUUCUGAUUUACUUUUUUUUUACCAGGUGGUCUCGAUGACUCCGUUAUUUUAGCGAAUGAUGCCAGCAAGAUAUCGCAGUUAAAUACCUGGCUUCUUCCGCACUUGCAAAGUCCAGAAAGAAGUUAUUGGAGACUGUGUUAUAGAGCCUCUUAUCAUGGCUGGAGUUCACAGACCUUUCACAGCUAUUGCGAUAACAAAGGACCCACUGUAACAAUUGUUAGGGUCGGGAUCUAUAUUUUUGGAGGCUACAACGACAGGUCAUGGCAGUGUAAGUCUUUGAAAUAGCUAAGAUACGAAGAAGGUAUCAACCAGUUAAACUGAAUUAAAACCGGAGGUUAUUAACCCCAAAUGUAAAAGGAAGGAGAGACUGGGUCUUUACAAUUUUCGCAAAUAGUUCAAAACAAGUCUAGUCUUAACUAGAUUGUCAUUAAUCACUCGCAAGACUGCUAAUUGGAGAGGAUUUUGUGGUAAGAGUUUAAUCAAAUACUCGCAACCUGACAAUCUACUCCAAAGUCACAACAUUGCUGAAGCAUGAACUGCAUUCUAAAAAUUUGCGAACGUUAUUAUUGAGAAAAAUUACUCACAACCAGUAGUUUUGAUUGGCACAAUCUGGCACAUUUUCCAUGCAUUAUCGGUGAUGACAACUGUUUUAGCCACUGGUCCCUCUACAACGGCUUGGCCGUGCGUUUUCUUGAACGAUCGGGGAUUAUACGUAUCCAGAUCUAGAAAAAUAAAUGUUUGUUCGGCUUAAAACGCUUCGAACAUGCCACCAAAAAACUGUGCUGAGUCCUCGAGCUGCUUUAUUUAUAAUUUAUUUAUCUAUUUAUUUUUUAUCAAGCGCGUUUGAGGUGGAGUAUGGGGCUUAGUGGAGAAGGUCGGGCUUAAUACUGCUGUACUGCAGCUGGUUCUACCAGGUCUUUUUCUUGAAAACUGAGACGGGUGGACCGCCGUUUCUUAUAAAUUUUCUAAUGGAAAAGCCCUGGGGACAAAGUUGGUGGCAACUUGUGAUGCUCCAAUUCAUGACGAUUUGAGCGUGAUUUAUGUGGUACUUCACACAUUAUAUUCUACUUCCCUGCUCUCAGUAUUUACUAACCCCACCACCGUUUCCUAAAAAUACACCAUUUUACUGCUGUGGGCUUAGUAUCCUAGACUUUGAGCGUGAGUGUGAGACUGAGGUUGACCAUGAUAGAUAGAUAAUUAGAUAGUUUAGUUACUAAUACUUUGCGGCCCAAAGGCUGAAUUGCGUAUUUACAAAUGAUGCAAUUGAUAAAAUGUGUAUAUAAAACUAAUUACAGUAAAUAAAAAAGUGUGAAAAAUGUGAUAAAAAGUCUAAAAAUCUACGUACAGGAUCUAAUAAUAAAACUAUUCCUAAAACGAUCGGUCUUGCAUUUAUGUACAAUGAAGCGGCUGUUGCACCCUAGAGCAUAACCAUGUUUUGAUACAAACCUCCUUUGUUUUCUUAUGGAAAUUAUACUUAAAAAGUAUUAGUUAGAAUUAAAAAAAAAACACGAUUUACAUAUUAAGAAAGCAGAAAUGGUUGUAUGAAAGCAAGGUCCACUCCAGCCUCGUUUCCAUCCAUAAUUGUAAAAUGGGCUAUUGAACUCGACUGAGUUACACUGAAUCUCUAAUUGUUUGUGUUCUGUUUUUUUGUCUCUUAAGGGUCUGCUGGUUAUCAAUCUUCGUCAAAUACCUUCUUAUUCUCACUGAAAAAUUACUACGGGUAUGGAUACUUCAAAGAGGACAUAACCAACGGCUACUAUAUCCACGCCAUUUACAGUCGAUAUAAUUAUGGUCCAACCUUUGGUGGGGGCCAUGAUAUGCAUAUUGCGGACAAUGCGGGAGGAAAUACCAACUCUUACUUUAAUUGUCACUCGUACCGCAGUCCCUAUUGCGACAAUUAUCUCUGGGUUGGAUCAAGAUACGGGAAUAAUUUCCGCCCAGAUGAGUUGGAGGUUUAUUAUGAAGUGCUUGCUUGA